AUGGCCUGCUGCGCUACCAGCUUCUGUGGCUUUCCCUCUUGCUCCACUGGUGGCACCUGUGGCUCUAGCUGCUGCCAGCCCAGCUGCUGCCAGCCCAGCUGUUGUCAGUCCAGCUGUUGUCAGUCCAGCUGCUGCCAGCCCAGCUGCUGCCAGUCCAGCUGCUGUCAGCCCAGCUGCUGUCAGCCCAGCUGCUCCCAGUCCAGCUGCUGCCAGCCCAGCUGCUCCCAGUCCAGCUGCUGCCAGCCCAGCUGCUGCCAGACCAGCUGCUCCCAGUCCAGCUGUUGUCAGCCCAGCUGCUGCCAGACCAGCUGCUGUGGAACUGGCAGUGGCCAGGAGGGUGGCAGCGGAGCCGUGAGCUGCCGCGUCAGAUGGUGCCGCCCAGACUGCCGCGUGGAGGGCACCUGCCUGCCCCCCUGCUGUGUGGUGAGCAGCACGCCCCCAACCUGCUGCCAGCUGCACCAUGCCCAGGCUUCCUGCUGCCGCCCGUCCUACUGUGGGCAAUCCUGCUGCCGCCCAGCCUGCUGCUGCCACUGCUGCCAGCCCAGCUGCUCUGAGCCCAGCUGCUGA